GUCAAGAACACAAGUGUUCUUUGCUGCUUUAAAUUGUCCCAUAAAGUUUGUCCUUGCCACAUACCGUAGUUGGGGCACCACCGCGCUGCUGUUGGAGAAAGGUGAGCCCUCAGCGGAAAACAAACUACAUAACAACAUUAAGUUAUCGUAGCGCCAUACGUAGUGAGGAAUUAUGGGCAACACAAGUGACAGGGUGGCUGGAGAUCGCCAUGGAGCCAAGGCCCACCGCUCAGACAGCAGCGGCAGUCACAAAGACCAAGAACCCAGCUGUAAGAUGGUGGACAGCACAGAUGAUCCCAACAUCUUCAACACCCAUGGGCCAGAUUCCAAGACAUUAGGAGAGAAAGAAUUCACCCCAGACCUGGAUGACCUGGUGAAAACUACUCCUCAGGCUCGGCCCACGGUCAUCCGCUGGGCCGGAGGGGGAAAGGAGGUCUACAUAGCUGGUUCUUUUAAUAACUGGAACACAAAGAUACCACUAAAUAAGAGCCAUAAUGACUUUGUAGCGAUCUUGGACCUACCAGAAGGAGAGCACCAGUACAAGUUUUUUGUUGAUGGACAGUGGGUCCACGAUCCCUCAGAGCCAGUUGUAACCAGCCAGCUUGGCACAAUCAACAACUUGAUCCAGGUGAAGAAGUCAGACUUUGAGGUGUUUGACGCCCUGCAGGUUGACUCUCUGGAGUGCUCAGACACAUCAGAUCUUUCCAGCUCCCCUACAGGUCCAUAUGGGCAGGAGCAGUACAUCUUCAGACCUGAGGAGCAUUUCAAAGCCCCACCUAUACUCCCCCCUCACCUCCUUCAAGUUAUUCUCAACAAGGACACCAAUAUAUCAUGUGACCCUGCCCUGCUGCCUGAACCCAACCAUGUCAUGCUAAACCACCUUUACGCUCUUUCGAUAAAGGAUGAGCCCACUUCCCAAUGAGGAAUGGUGGUCAAAGGUCGAUGUUUAGUUCUGCUGUUGCCUUUAUCUUGACAUAAUUUUGUGAGCACUUUACCAUCCUGUGAGCAGGAAUGUUAAUAUAAGCUUUUAACUAUGCAGCAGACAACUCUUGUACUGUGGCUUCUCUGAACUAUAAAACCCCUAUUGUUUUAGAUAUGAUGAACUUGCAGUGCUUUAAAAUGUGUGUGCAUCUGUAUUGAGUUCUGUUUAUGUAAUAGGAAUGUACUGUAUCUGUUACAUGUAUAGUCAUACACUCAAACAGUUUCAACAUUGCUGCUUUGCAUGUAUUGAAUGUGUGCAACAUGCGAGGCCAUGACACAUUGACAGAGUGUGGUACACAUCCAAAGGCAGGCUGGCCGCACACACACCAAUUUACAGGGCUAUAGUUGCCGUGGAUUUAAAGGUUGUACAUAGUUUGUUCAUGUGUGUUCUUUACAAUGUAACCAUUUAAGCAAAUCUGUAUUUUGAGGUAAGGUGGCAAUGAAAUAAAUUUUUAUUCUCACAUGUAAGUCCCACUGUUUAAUCAGCUGCACUUACAGUACAAUGUAUACCCACAGUUGAUUUAUAAAAGGAGCUUUCAUAAAUCAACCAGACGCGCUGAAAGUAUUUUGUAAAUGUCGAGCCUAGCCACGAAGUUUUGUCCAAAGGGUUUUUAGGACUUACACAUAUGAUAAGGGAGUAUAGACAAGCGCCAUGGACAUGUUUAAAGGUGUCAAACCAAAACUUGAAUUUUACAACCAUUUCAUGAAUGUUUUAAAGUGCUUUGCAGAACCAGUGUGAUGAUGGACUGUCACUGUACAAGGUUUUGCUUGUUUGCAAAUAAAGAGAGGACACGGUCCUAA